UGUGUGCAUUGUGAGAUAGCAGUUCGAAAGAUAUACACGAAUAUUAUUUGUAUCCCAGUUUUUUUUUUAUUUCGGUCGGUCCAGCGUAACAUUUUGUAGGACAACAUCAAAUCGUACGAGUGAGGUGCUAAUUGUUUGGAAAACGAUAACUCCCAAUUGUUUACAUGCAUUUUGUACGAAAAUUCCAGCAUACUGUUUUGUUGGUUUGACAGUUAUCAGGACAGGAUUGCUGUAAUUCAUUAACACUGAGUGUAAUUGUGUGCGGUACUUUGCAUUUACUACGGGAAGGAAUGUGUUAUGAUCUGGUGAAUUUAGUGACAGUUCAGCUCUGAAGGUAUCAAAAGCAGGAAGGAAUUAAAACCAUCUCUGGAAACCAUUCAAUGAGAAGAUAUCGGAGCAGACCAUUGCCAUUUACAACUUAGUUUCUCGUUGAUUAGGCUGCGGCUGAAGUGCUGAGUGGGUCAUUGAAUUGGUGUUUGCUGAGACUAACAGUUUCCAUUGAAGACGGAAGAUGAAUAAUAAUUGAAUGAUAAAAAAUGGUGGAUCAGAGAAAUUGUAAAUUUAGUACCGAGGCGAAGUAAAAGCAGUAUUUAUACAUUGAGAAGAAAUAUUACCCUCAAACAGGCGCACGGUCGCACACACGAUUUUUUAUUUGUGUAAGAGUCUGCUAUUUCUUCGGGUAAUGUAAACAAGUAAAUGUUGAGACAUAUAUCCAGUGAGAUCACUGUAAGGUGUUGUGGGAGAUUUACAAAACAGUGGAUGGAUAGCACCUCCUACUAUAGUAGAGAAGUUACGCUACAAAUUGAUGUGGUGCUAGCCUUGCUUACCGUGGCAUGAUUCUACAGAACAUAGAACGAUAAAUAGAACAUAGUUUACAUCUGAGUGCAACCUUAGCAUGGAAUCGGCACGUUCACAUGCUCAUAUCUGCAUUUGCUAAGCUUGCGUAUGGACACGCAUGGGGAUUGGCGGUAGCGCGAUUGAGCUAAGUUUAGUGCAACAGUUGGAAGAAAAACAACAAUCGACGGUGGAUUAGGUUUGGGAAAUUGCGGAAAAGAACACAUAAACUAGUGAAAUUCAGUAAUAUUAGUAAAAGUUAACAUAGCUUGUCGUUAACAUUGGUAAACUCGUUAAUAAAAGUGAAACUUGUGUAAUUAAAGCUAAGUACAUGAGUAACAUAAUGAAAUAAACGAUGUGCGCUAACGUUAACCUAUAUCUGUCAGUUGUAUUUGAAGAUGAAUAUGUGAUUGAAAAGUUUAUUCCAAGAUGUUCAUGGUAAUAAAUCACUCGCAAUGUAGUUUACCAACGAUGUUCCGAAUACUUGCGAGUGACUAUAUGUGCAAGUUUUAUUACAAUAGACGAAAUGUUGAUCACUAAAUUGAAAUUUGACACAACUCUCCACGAUGAAUCUGUAUGAUAGCCAAUCAUUAGGAACUUCGCCGUAAAAUUUUGUCAAUGCAUAUGGUAAAUCGGUUCGUCGAGAGGCGGCCAAAAACUUGAAUCGUAGAUUUGUAAACCCCGUGACAACUUCAUCUGCGUAUUAGGUGUGUCAAAAAUAGUUUAACACAUCCGUGAGCAAGUGUGUUGCAACGUUGUGUGCGGGUGUCCAACAAGUCUGAGGAAGAAACAACAGAAGUGCCAGAUAUGUUGUUCUGAAAAGCCAUUUUUUGUAAUGCUGUGAGAAGAAAACAAGUUGAUGAAACAUAGAAAACAGCAGGAAGCUCCUAAUAGAAAAACGACAAACGCAUCGAAUCAGUAGAAUUGAAUCAAUCAAUGACAUCAGUACGAUGGCGAUGGAUGAAGCGAACGACGGUAUGAUGAUCCAUUUCGCAAGAAACCGCUAUGCUACUAGCUCCAUGGUCGAAACGACAUUCGACAAAAUGUUUCACUACACCGACAGCACAGUGGCUGCGCCGGCAAGCAGCACGUUUUUCAAGUUCCUAGCAAGAUUCUCAGGAAGGAGACGAAUAAGCUACCGGUUGCGAAGGAUAUCUAGCUUAUUAUUUCCCUACGUUGCAAUUUUUCUAAUUUUAAGUACAGUAUGCAGAGUAACAGACGCUUGUUCGAGUCGGACGACCCCCAAACCUCGACCGCCCAGUCCGACGGCUAGACCAAAUAUCACAUUCCACACAUACAAGUGUCCGCCGGCGUACGCGGCGUGGUACUGCCUCAACGAUGCCACCUGCUUCACCGUGAAAAUUGGCGAUUCGCUGCUGUAUAAUUGCGAAUGCGCCGAUGGGUAUAUGGGUCCUAGGUGUGAAUACAAAGAUCUGGACGGAUCUUAUUUACCAACUCGGCCUCGUGUGAUGUUGGAAACUGCUAGUAUAGCAAGUGGUGCCAUUGUCGCAUUGGUUCUGGCGGUGAUCGUAUGGUGUUACAUCUGCGUGCAGAAGCAUCAACAGAAGAAAAGACUGGAAAUUACCAACGGAGGUGUGGACACGGUGGACAGCAGCGUGAGACGGCCGAGACCGUUCGGGUCGCAUCAUCUCCAAACGAUACCUCUGAGCGAAUGGUUGAACCGAUAGGUUUAAAGCUUCAAAAAAAUACAUUCUCGUUCGAGUAAUGUUGAGCCAUCUUCAGGAGACACAAGAAUGAAAAGACAAAUUGCCUUCUUAGAGAGCAUGGGACACUCUGCGAACACAUCGUUGAUUGUCAGGCUGAAGCGGUGGAAACGGUGCCGACCUCAGCCUGAGAGUGUUUUAACGCAUACUCUAAACUGCCAUCAUCUUAACAACAUUUUACACAUCGCUGCGUACGAUUGCCUCAAAAAAUCGCCACAUAAUUUUCGGAGAUGAAUGUCUGCUGGAGUGAUUGGACUGACGCGGCGGAUUGCAGUUUUUAUAGACACAGUACAGUUACUUUUUAUACUUGUGCAUUGUAUUGAUGAUAUUAACAACAGGUGCCUAUAGGAAUAGAUGAUUUGUGAUUCAAAGAACGAAAUAAUCAAAAAGUGCUGUCGGUUGAAAGUUUACACUGUUUAUGAUGUCGCGAUGUUUUAAGUAUAAAAGCGGCGUAGUCCUGCGUCAAGAAAUGAAACACUCGUUAAUGAAGAGUGCAGCCGCCUAAUAAGAUCGAUUUCCCAAUUAUUGUGGAUUUGAACAUAACACCACUAAAUAGAUACCACAAGAUCAACCGUCUACCGUCCUCAUCUACUAAUGUUUGGCCAACUUGAAAAACACCCAUUUCGUAAUGCUUUUAUUUGUAACUUCAUAUUGAAAUAGUUGACCUCUUUUAUUUUCUUUUUUUUUUGUUUUCCACCACAGUUUUUAUUCUUUAACGGUAGUUCGAGGCGAACUGAUUGUGUUUUAGCUAGGGUUUGUAACUAAUUUCUCGAAUGGGAAGACGGAAGAUAAAUAAUAGAAAUCUUGCCAAUUUAGAAAACGAAGAAAAUUUUAAAAUCAUUUCUGUAACGUGCCAUCUUCUCAUUUCGAAGUGAGUCUCUUGUUUCUGCUCAUUCCUCAGAUAAAGAAAAUGUGUUGAACAUAACGGAACCGAUAGGAGAUACGUUUAACGAAGCAUUUAAUACAGAAAAGAAGACUUGAGAGGAGCAGACACAAUAAAAUAGUGAAAUAGAGAAGAAGUUGUAAGUUCUGCAUUCAAGCAAAAACAGACCAGACUAUCACAAAACAAUAGAAUUUAUUUAGUUAAUCGAUAUGCCAAAACAGGUUGAAUUGCAUUGGUUCUGUAUGGAAUAAUUUGCUUAUCCAGUAUUUUGCGUUCAUUGAUGGCUCUGUGGGUUAACUUUGAAGACUUUAAGUCGUUUGUAAUAACUUAAGACACUGUUGAAAGUAUUUUCUUUAUCUUUUUUAGAGAAACAGUGCGAAAAAUCGAAGAUUCGCUUCCCCACACUCGCCAAAUCGUUUUGUGCUUGUUCCGGUAACCUAGCACGCUGCGUUCCACGCAUUCUUGUACCUACUGGGUCGGAAACGAACACCAUCUUUACAGAAUUGCUGUGCGGCAUACUUCCAACAUGUCCUGUCCAUCUUACCCUUCCAGCUUUUGCUACCUUCUGGAUACUGAGAUCGCCGUAGAGUUCACCGUCACACAGUGCUUGCAAAUCCACCUCGAGCACGGUCCAACUCCAACUCAACGUCCGUAGAUGACCAUCGGCCUUAUGAGCGUUUUGGACAUGACACAUUGGGUGCGGUUGUGGAUCAGUUGUGUCAGUAGAUCCGACUUCCACAGAUGAUGUACCUCGAAGUUAUUCCCGUCUAUUGUAACACUGCUUCCCAGGCGAGUUUUGUCGCUUGUAGCUUGUACUUUGACUUUGAAGCACUCACUAUCCGUUAUACUUUUGUUGCCCUGCGUUUAAGGCAAGCAUUCUGCCACCUUUUCAAAUGUUCCAUAUUAUUUGCGAAUCAAAUAAAUUGACUGGAUCGAUUGAAAAUCGUACCCCGACUGCUACACCUUGCUCUUCUGCUACAUCAUGACUCACGAGGGCCGUUUUGAACAACAGGCAUUUGUCAGGCCUUGUCGAAGUCUUUGGAGGCAUUCCAACGAGCUGGAGUAUUCGCCCGAAAUCACAAUUUUGCACACCAUCCAUUGUUGCUAUCAGUCUUGUGAGCCUCUGGGGAAAGUUAUUUUCUUCCAUGAUUUUUCGUAGCACCACGUUGUCUAUACUGCCAUAUCCCGCCUUAAAAUCGAAAAACAGAUGGUGCAUAUGGAUCUGAUAUUCACAGCAUUUUUGAAGCAUUGGCCUUGCAGUAAUGAUCAGUUCCAUUUUUCGGGCGGCCGUCAACGAAACAGCCUUGAUAUCUUCCUUCAAACUAAUUCACUAUUGGCGACAGACGACGGAAGAUGAUCUGAGAUAUUACUUUGUGGGAAAAAUUUGGAAUGGUGAUCGCUCGAAAGUUCUCACUUUCCAGCUUGUCGCCUUUACUGUAGAUCGGGCAUAUGACCCCUUCCUUCACAUUCCUCCAGUAGCUGUUCAGUUAUCCAGAUUCUGACUAUCAGUCUGUGCAGACAAGUGACCAGUUUUUUUUUGGAAAAUUUUGUUACGUAACGAAACGAUUCAUAAAUUCCCCUCCCCCUAUGUGACAAUAAGUAACGGUUUCUCAACCUCCUCCCUCUCGCUCAAGCGUUACGUAAUUUGUGCACAAAGCCUUAGAGUUGGUCAAUUUGACGGGGAAAGUUGGAAAAUUGUGACCAUGAUAAAACCAUAAAGUUUGAUGAGUGAUACCGAUUCAUUAUGAAUUUUCGAUGAAACACUAAGUAGGUGUUGUAGUUGACCAGGAUCACGUGCUGAGAAUUAGACUUUCCAAAUGUUCCAUCAGAAAAGUUUGAGGGGUUAAUCACAAUUCCUUCAAUUCAACUAAUAUUAGGUCGGAAUUCUUCAGUCGUCUCGCCGCUGAGCCCUUCAUUAAUUUCCAGAUAUCGUUGUUGGACGAUAACUAAAUAUUCGGUAUUCUUUCUUAUCGCCAAGUUCUCUACGGAAUAUCACCUCAGUUGUUGCAUCUGUUCUACGUAAAAUACUUUGAUACCUCUUCCAGUUGAAGUCUUGUAUGUAGGCCAGUUUUGCUCAACUUCACAAUUCAUAAUCCCUAGACCAACAAAGGAAUGACACAGAUGAUGUCUGCCCGGGUCAUGUUUGCAGUGGUUCGGUCGCUAAUAAUCUUUUGACAUCCAUGGCUCGCAUAACACUUCGCGCUACCAGCAUAGUUAUUAAAGCAGGCACGAGCAGUAUUUGGGGCAUCCUUGUUUACCUCACUAUCAUAGCUUAUCUUGAAUACAAGGUUGUUCCGGUCGUACGUAUUGUAUGUACAGGGCUUAGCAACAAACGAUAAGACAAACUCGAAGAUGACGAGUUUGUUUUUCGGUCCGAUCCACCGUCUUAUCGUGUGAGAAAAAUACUGAGUCAAUAUAAACUUUUAUAUGAUACUACUUGAGAUGCUGAUUUGAAGGCUAUAAACAAGCAGUAUGGGGAAGCACACAUAUCUUUCAUACUUUGGCAUCUUCUGUGACAGCUUAUAUGAUGUUAUGGUGAUUUGGAGGGGGUUUCAAUUAGCCGUCUUGUGAGCAAUGGCGCCGGAUUGCCAUUCCGGAGAUGGCGAGUUCGAUUCCCGGUCUUUUCGGUUGGGAAAUGUUUUGGUCUCCCUAGGAAUAGUGUACCCAUUGUACUUGCCACACAAGAUACAUAUUCAUGCAAUUGACAAGCAAAGAAAGGUUUUCAAUUAAUAACUGAGGAUAUGCGAAAUAGAACACUAAGUUGGAAAGGAAGGCCAAGUUCCAGUCAGAAUGCAGAUCCAUAGAUAUGGAAAUUUUCAUUGGAAAUUGACUUUUGUUUGAUUUUAAUCCACUAUAAAUUGUGAAAACUGUGAUGUACAAAUAAUCAAUUUGAAGCAAAUAUUUUAUUGCCCGAGAGUUUACAUCAUUGUCGAAUCUGAAAUACUGGAAAGCAUUUUCUCUUCUAUAUUUGCUUCGGUUAGUUAUUAAUGAGUUUAUUAUUUAAAUAUUUAUUUUAUUUACUCGUUGGAUGUUUGCGCUUAUUAUAAGUACGCCAAUUUCUAUCAGCACGUAUAGUAAAAUCAAACAAGUAUUUUCACUAUUGAAUAAAAAAGAAUUACGAAACAUAAAUGUGAUAGUCUGAAAACGAAUCAAGUGAAAAACAACUUUAAUUCAAUCGUACAUGAACGAAUGUAUUUAUUUAAAGUCGGACAAACAAAUGAAGUCAUCAUGGUUCACCAUAAGCAGACUUCUAGAGGAAAUAAAAAAAAAACAAAGUAACACUAGUACUUGUACAUUUUUAUACAACUGCAAUAAUCAGAACAAUUAACUGAAUCGGAAACACAGAAGUAAUGCAGUGGACGAAUAAAGAGGUGGAGCAAGGGAGCGGAAAAAUCACCAGAAGUAACUAAUUUAUAUACAUCUUCAUAAACUAUCGAAUGAGCGGACAGAAGCGCCAAGAAAAAAAAAGUAUUCACAAAAAUCCACUGAAUGUAAAUACGUUUCGGGAGCCUAGAUUCAAAGAAAGACAAAAACACCCACUAACGUCUUGGUAUUUACGGAUCCCUCUUAUGCUAGAUAUUUUAAUGGUAGAUAGAUACGUUUAUUUAAUUGCUUGUUUCCGAUAAGUUCUGGUUCCAAUGAGUCGAAAAGAGGUUUUUGUAUGAUAGUUGCGAUGAGCGUGAGAGCGAGCUAUUCGAUUGUAUCGAACGUCCAAUAUUUGCAGCUAAUUUUUACAGUUUCCGGUGUCUUAUACUACUGACAGUAUUUUAGGGACUAAUUCUUAACCAUUUUUUGCAGCUAUACAUUAUUUUCUUUAAGUAUUUUCUAUUAUCUUUUUAGCGAUGAUUCCACCCAAAUCAGUUUGUAUUUUAACACAUUCCUUUUGUAUUAAACGAAAUCAAUUUUAAGUUUAUCUCUGACACCGGUAAUACUGAAGGCAAUGCAAUACUUUGUACCAAACCAAUUGGAUAUGUAUUAUAUUAAUUUGUAUAGAAAAAAAUACAUUUUGUAUAUUUUGAGCUUUAAAUAAAAUUAAUCAACAUGUUUUUGUUGGUCAUUAACUAUUAAAAA